GCGUCUUUUUUAUUUCCAUUUUGUUUCUAUAUUUGUGUUUGGGUUUAGUCAGUUGUAUUGAAGUGAUGAUAUUAUGGUCCAAGUUAACUUUUAGAGAUCUGACGUCUGAGUUCUUCCAUAAGCUAAUUUUUGAGGCCUGAGUUCCUAUAGAAUUAGUCUGUCAUCCAUUUCAUUUUCUUCUAGAUAAGAUAAAUGCUUCAUGUUUGGUUUAGCGAAUUCUUACUUCUAAAGACAGGAUAAUACUUGUGUUUGAUGUUAGAACUGAUUUCCACCGAUUAAAAUUGCAAAAAUAGGGAAUAGAUAAGAUAUGUACCCAUUCAAGAAAAGAGCUCGCUAAAGAAGCUCCUUUUGGCAUUUGUAAAUAGUUGGGGGAAAAGAAACGUAAAUGGUGGUGGUCAUCCAGUGCUUUGAAAGACUGUGGCUCUCUCUUUAUUCUUCGGUGGGUUUGGUAUUGGAAGAAUUUAAAAGAGAAAUGAGUUUUGUUAUCAAAACGGCUUCUACGCUUACCAAUUAUGUCUCUGUUUCCCUCUUUGCUUUCAUUGAUUGCCCUUUAUUCUUGUCGUAUAUAAUUUGUGCCCUCGGGAUUAAUUGGAGUUGUGUUUCAUUUGUUCUGGCGGGCUUCUUUUUAUUUAGCUUUUUUCGGUUUCGUUGGGGUCCCCCUUUGCAGAGUUAUUUAUCCUCUCUGUACUUCCAUAUUUCUGAAUGGAAGUCUUACUAUAAUUAUGACUUUUUUUUUUUACUAUGCUUUUAGUAGUCACUAUGCGAAUGGAACUGCAAUAUUUAUAUUUUUGGUUACAUCCGAAGUAGGUGGAAAGUAGACAUCGCUAGAUGGAGGUGCCACUAAAUGAAGAUUCAGAGCUCCCAGCUUCCGCCGAUGCCGUUCAUCAACAACAGGAUAAUGUUCUCCCUGAUACCAUAAAUGGCGGAACCAUGGAGCAGAAGCAAGAAAUCACUGAGGUAGAAGUAAGCGGGACACUAGAAGCGAUUGCAUCCGCAGGGAAAUUCUGGCAUGAUUGGGAGAAAUUGAAGAGCAUGCUUUCCUUUCAACUGAAGCAGGUGCUGUCAGAAUAUCCUGAAGCUAAAACGUCUGGCGAACAACAAAGUACUUUAGGAGAAACCUUCCCGGAACUGGUAAAGCGGCUGGAUGAAGCACUUCUUAGCUUCAUUGAUGGUCCUCCAUUUACCCUUCAGAGGAUUUGUGAGAUCCUAUUAGAUGCGCGUAGCAUUUAUCCCAAUCUCUCAAAGCUUGCGCUUGCUCUGGAAAAGAAUCUUUUGGUGACAUCCACGCUUGCCAUCAGUUCUGACCCACGUUUACCGUCCUCUGACCCAAAGCCAAACGAGUUAGAAGAGCCAGAGAUAGCUGUGGAAGAACAAAAGCAUUUCUCCGAUGCAGUAGAAAACGGAAUUGAACCUAUAGCUGGAGACAGGGAUGAAGUAAUGGCAGAGGUUGAAGAGGCCGAUAUGAAUGAUGGUAUGACGAUGGACAUGGAAGCCUUAGUUGGAUCAUCUGAAACAAAUUCUGCUGUGAACAAUAAUUCUUAGCCUUCAUGACGCACCUUAAGCUGGCUGCUGUAGUUCUUCUGCUAAUCUGUUUUGGGGAAGAGCCAUGGCUGGUACAACAUAGAUCGUUCAUUCCAAUAUUGAAGAACUAUAUUGUAUCCAUAGUUUUUCAAUGUGUCAAUUUCUUCAUUCCAAUGUAAUUCAGCAGGGAUGGUUAUUUUGCACUCGGGGAGUUUUGGCGGUUGGGUACAACACACAUCGUUGGUACAUGGAAUUAGCCAACAAUUAUGAGCUACUGUUUUUGCUUGGAUGUUUUCUUGAUUAAAUAUGAGUGACAACCGAUGUUCUUGGCUUCUAAACUUUUGAUAUAUCACACCCUAUUGGCCAAUGUAAAUGGUUUGCCCUCUUUGCAA